AUAUUUAUAUGCAAUACAUUUGGUCUACAAAUGUUUGUUUACUUUUGAGGACAGUUUGUUGUCUAAGAAAUGGCAAUCAUUUUGCUGUCAAAUGUAUUACAAGAAGAUCAUUGACUGUUGCGAUGACCAGAAAAGCGUCGAUAAAGUCGAUGGCGUUGAGUGCGACCACUAAUGGUUCAAAUGAAGUGACAGUAAAUGGCAGUCAACAACAUCACAAUAAACUGGUCACUGAUGCAGACAAUCGGCCAAUGAUUACAAUAAGCGACAGUUGCGUUGAACGACUUAAGAAAGUUAUGGAUAAAUCCGAUGACAUUUUGCGGGUCGAAGUGUUUAGCGGCGGCUGUUCUGGACUUCAGUACAAAUUUGAUAUCACCGACAAAGUCAAUGAAGACGACCACAUCAUUGAACGAAAUGGUGUCAAAGUGGUGGUCGACGGCGAGUCUAUUCAGUUCUUGAAGGGAUCGACCAUUGAUUACACCGACGAACUGAUCAAAUCGUCGUUUCGUGUGAUUAAUAAUCCGCAGUCAGAACAGGGCUGCUCUUGUGGUCAAUCAUUUGCACUCAAAUUAGACAACGAUUUCAAGAAAUUUAAGACUUAGUUUUACGAUGUUUUCAAGCAUUUUAUUAAACAAAUUAUAUUAAAU